AUGAAGCUCUCAACACUACCAGCAGCACUCCUGUCCUUGAUUCUCCUGGCUCACCAGGCCGCCGCCGCCCCGCUCGGCAACGUCGACGCUGAAGCGGCCGCAUCCCAGAGAAUCCUCGAGCUGCAAGCUCAGUACCAGCGAAACGUUCUAGACGCCAUCAGCAACCGCACCUCAGGCUGCACAGCCCAAAAUAUCCAGCGCCGCCAGGAAUGGUACCCCCAGUGUAACACCCUCUCCCUGGCUGACCGCGCCGCUUUCAUCUCGGCGAUCCACUGCCUCAACGCGCUGCCGGCGCGGACGCCGCAGUCCACCGCCCCGGGCGCCCGGGCGCUCUACGACGACUUCAUCGUCGCCCACAUCCUACAGACUCCCUUCGUCCACGCGUCGGGCCUCUUCCUGCCCUUCCACCGCCACCUUCUGCACCUGUUCGCAGGCGCGCUGCGCGACCGCUGCGACUACGCCGGCCCGCUGCCCUACUGGGACUGGACGGCGAGCUACGCCGACCCGCGCGCGGCGGCCGUCUUCGACGGCGGGCCGCACUCGCUCGGCGGCAACGGCGCCUUCGUGCCCGGCCGCAACGGCACCGUCAUCUCCGUCCCCGGCGGCGCGCACGUGGUCAUCCCGCCCGCGACCGGCGGCGGGUGCGUCACGACGGGGCCGUUCCGCCAGGGCCGCUUCGAGGUGCGCCUCGGCCCCGUCGCGUUCGAGCCCCGCGGCCCGCACGGAGGGCUGGGCUACAACCCGCGGUGCCUCCGGCGGGACCUGAGCCCGCACUUCAGCCUCGGCACGCGCCCCGGCGCGGUCGUGGCCUUGCUGGACGGCUGCGCCGGCGACCUAGGCUGCCUCGUGCGCGACAUGGACGCCCCCGGGGGCGUGCCCGGGGGCGUGCACGCGUCCGGGCACUGGCAGGUCGGGCCGGACGCGCUCGACGUCUUCGCCAGCCCGAGCGACCCCGUCUUUUGGCUGCACCACGCCCAGGUCGACCGCGUCUGGACCAUCUGGCAGGGACUGGACCUCGAGGGGAGGACGUAUCAGGUCUGGGGCACGAGCACGGCGGCGAACGAUCCGCCAAGUGACGACGUAACGCUCGAGACGGCAAUGGACUUUGGCAUUCUUGGUGAGGCAAAGACGGUCGGUGAGGUUGCCUCGACGGUGGACGGAGAAUAUUGCUACAUGUAUGAGUGA